GGUGUGGAGCAGCCAAGAUGGAGCCGGCGGUCGGCAGUCCUGGCCUGCUGAUUAUGAACAACAAGCAGCCCCAGCCGCCGCCACCUCCGCCGCCCGCAACGGCGCAGCCUCCAACUGGGGCACCGCGGACCGCCGGGAGCCUCGUGCCCGGGGGCAAAGCCCGAGAGUUCAACCGCAACCAGCGCAAAGACUCGGAGCAGGGCUAUUCCGAGUCUCCAGACCUGGAGUUUGAGUAUGCUGACACGGACAAGUGGGCUGCAGAGCUCUCAGGACGUGGACAUGGAGACGAUGACACUUUGUUCUUGACAGAGCUUUACAGCUAUACAGAAGGGCCAGAAUUCCUGAUGAAUCGAAAAUGCUUUGAGGAGGACUUCCGGAUGCAUGUGACAGAUAAGAAGUGGACUGAGCUGGACACCAACCAGCACCGCACCCACGCUAUGAGGCUCCUGGACGGCUUGGAGGUCACUGCCAGGGAGAAGAGGCUGAAGGUGGCUCGAGCGAUCCUCUACGUUGCCCAAGGCACCUUUGGGGAGUGUAGCUCGGAGGCAGAGGUGCAGUCCUGGAUGCGCUACAACAUCUUUCUGCUCCUGGAGGUGGGCACGUUCAACGCUUUGGUGGAGCUUCUGAACAUGGAAAUAGACAACAGUGCUGCCUGCAGCAGUGCGGUGAGGAAGCCGGCCAUCUCCCUGGCUGAUAGCACGGACCUGAGGGUCUUGCUAAACAUCAUGUACCUGAUUGUGGAGACCGUUCACCAGGAAUGUGAGGGUGAUAAGGCCGAAUGGAGGACAAUGCGACAGACCUUCAGGGCUGAGCUGGGUUCCCCUCUGUACAACAGCGAGCCAUUUGCCAUCAUGCUAUUUGGGAUGGUGACCAAAUUUUGCAGUGGCCAUGCCCCUCACUUCCCCAUGAAGAAGGUUCUCUUGCUGCUCUGGAAGACAGUGUUGUGCACGCUGGGCGGCUUUGAGGAGCUGCAGAGCAUGAAGGCCGAGAAGCGUGCCAUCCUGGGCCUCCCCCCGCUACCUGAGGACAGCAUCAAAGUCAUCCGCAACAUGAGGGCCGCCUCUCCCCCAGCGUCUGCCUCUGACCUGAUCGAGCAGCAGCAGAAACGGGGCCGUCGGGAGCACAAGGCUCUGAUAAAGCAGGACAACUUGGAUGCCUUCAACGAGCGGGAUCCCUACAAGGCUGAUGACUCUCGAGAGGAGGAAGAGGAGAACGAUGACGACAGCAGUCUGGAGGGGGAGACAUUCCCCCUUGAGCGGGAUGAGGUGAUGCCUCCCCCACUGCAGCACCCCCAGACUGACAGGCUUACCUGCCCAAAGGGACUCCCGUGGGCUCCCAAGGUCAGAGAGAAAGACAUCGAGGUGUUCCUCGAGUCCAGCCGCAGCAAGUUCAUCGGUUACACUCUGGGCAGUGACACAAACACAGUGGUGGGGCUGCCCAGGCCAAUCCACGAAAGCAUCAAGACUCUGAAGCAGCACAAGUACACGUCGAUUGCAGAGGUCCAGGCGCAGAUGGAGGAGGAGUACCUUCGCUCUCCUCUCUCAGGGGGAGAAGAGGAAGUCGAGCAAGUCCCUGCAGAAACCCUCUAUCAAGGCUUGCUCCCCAGCCUGCCGCAGUACAUGAUUGCGCUGCUGAAGAUCCUGCUGGCCGCAGCUCCCACCUCAAAGGCCAAAACGGACUCAAUCAACAUCCUAGCAGAUGUCCUGCCUGAGGAGAUGCCCACCACAGUGUUGCAGAGCAUGAAGCUGGGAGUGGAUGUGAACCGCCACAAAGAGGUCAUUGUUAAGGCCAUUUCUGCGGUCCUGCUGCUGCUGCUCAAGCACUUUAAGUUGAACCACGUCUACCAGUUUGAGUAUAUGGCACAGCACCUGGUGUUUGCCAACUGCAUCCCUUUGAUCCUGAAAUUCUUCAAUCAAAACAUUAUGUCUUACAUCACUGCCAAGAACAGCAUCUCUGUCCUAGACUACCCUCAGUGCGUGGUGCACGAGCUGCCGGAGCUGACUGCCGAGAGUCUGGAAGCAGGUGACAAUAACCAGUUUUGCUGGAGGAACCUCUUUUCCUGUAUUAAUCUGCUUCGGAUCUUGAACAAGCUGACAAAAUGGAAGCAUUCGAGGACGAUGAUGCUGGUGGUGUUCAAGUCAGCCCCCAUCUUGAAGCGGGCCCUGAAGGUGAAACAGGCCAUGAUGCAGCUCUAUGUGCUGAAGCUGCUCAAGGUGCAGACCAAGUAUCUGGGGCGGCAGUGGCGAAAGAGCAACAUGAAGACGAUGUCUGCCAUCUACCAGAAGGUGCGGCAUCGGCUGAACGACGACUGGGCUUACGGCAACGGUGAGGCUCCCCACGAGAUCUUGAUGCCCGGCCUUGGGACUUCCAGGCAGAGGAGUGUGCCCUUCGUGCCAACAUCGAGCGCUUCAACGCCAGGCGGUACGACCGGGUCCACAGCAACCCCGACUUCCUGCCUGUGGACAACUGCCUGCAAAGUGUCCUGGGCCAGCGGGUGGACCUCCCUGAGGACUUCCAGAUGAACUACGACCUCUGGUUAGAAAGGGAGGUCUUCUCCAAGCCCAUUUCCUGGGAGGAGCUGCUGCAGUGAGGCUCCUGGGCAAGAGACUGAAAAUGAAAGAAGGGGUGAUCUCCAGGUACCCCAGGGGCUGUCCUGGUUCCUUGCUGCAGUGCUCCCAUCCCCCUCCAGGUGGCAGCACAGCCCCACUGUGCCCUUCCCAGCCAGUGCUGGGUUGGCUGGGGAGUCUGCAUCUGACCUCUCAUUGAUUCCCAGCGUCCUGCUCGUGAGUGGUCAUCUCUCUGCUUGGGAUCCUCUCUUCCUUCACUCCUCCGCGCCCUCCUCUCUUGGACAUAGUUGGUUGCAGCUCAUUUGUCAUUCCACCCAAGGCUGGGAAAACCUGGGAUGGGCUGGGAACCCGCUGCAUCUGAAUUUCAGGGGUCACGCUGACUCUUCCUGAGACACAAAUCCUUGGCAUGUCAGCUUGCCAAAGAGGAGGGCUUACGAUUAGAGCCAGGCCAGAAAGUCAGCAUCUUGGUUUUGCUUUGGGGGCUUUCUGAUGUCAUUCCAGCCUCUUGCUAAGUUUCAUCUAGAAGCAAUUGCAGAGGCUCCUGCAGCUGCCUCAGCAGUUUGGUUUUGGACGGGGUUGGGACAGGAAGAGAAGCUUCCCUUAACCAGAGGUGCCAUUUUUUUUUUUCUUGGUGUGCAAGGGUCUGUAAAUAUAUAUGAAUCUGUGUGUGUUCUCUUGUGUCAUAUUGGGGUUUUUAAUGUGUUUGUGUAUUCUGUUUACAUUAAAAGGAAGCAAAAACAAU